AUGCACCCACCAAAUGAAGGCUCUAAAGAAAACCAAUCAAACUCAUCGUCUCCGACCACCGGUGAUCCGGUGAAUCCUCAGUAUCCCCUCCAUCAAAGCCACCAAGGACGUGAAGGACCUUGGUCCUCAGGCCUCUUCGACUGCCGUUCCGAUGUCAAAAAUUGUUGCAUAACAUGUUGGUGCCCCUGCAUCACUUUUGGACAGAUCGCUGAAAUUGUAGACAAAGGAACAAUAGGUUGUAAAACGAGUGGAGCAAUCUACUGCGUUGUUUCCUGCCUUAUUGGGUCUGUUCAUUCUUGUAUCUAUCGAACGAAACUAAGGCAUCAGUUUAUGUUAGAAGAGAAGCCUUGUAAUGAUUGUUUGGUACAUUAUUUUUGCGAGAGUUGUGCCCUUUGUCAAGAAUACAGAGAGCUCCAAAGCCGUGGAUUUGAUAUGUCUAUUGGAUGGCAUGAAAAUGUGCAGAGACAAAAUCGGAGAGAGGCAAUGGCAGCACAUAUUCCACCGGCGUUUGAAGGAGGGAUGAACCGAUAA